GUUUCAGCUAUGACCUUUACUCUUUCACCCACAGGUCACAACUGGAGGUUGCAAAAUGGCGGCCGGUCGGACGUUCCCGGCGGUUCUGUCGGCUUUUGUGGUCGUUUCUGUGGCCAUUUCUGCCCGGAUUCACCGGGCUCGGCCCACCCCGUACAUGGACGAGAUAUUCCACAUCCCACAGGCACAGAAAUACUGUCAGGGCAAGUUUACAGAGUGGGACCCCAUGAUCACAACAUUGCCAGGUUUGUACCUCGCGUCUGUCGGGCUGCUGAAACCUGCUGUGCUGCUCGCUGGGGUGAAGGUGAGCGUGGCCUGCUCCACGCUGUUGCUACGGGCAACGAAUGUUCUAUUUGCAGUGGGGAAUGUGUACCUGCUGUGGGCUAUCCUGAGGAAGAUUCACGGACAGACGACAGACCCACUCCUGCAGUGCCUGAAUGCAGUGACGAUCGCCAGCCUGCCAGUUCUCUACUUCUUCACCUUCCUAUACUACACUGACCCUGGCUCCACAUUCUUCACACUCUUCAUGUACCUGCUCUGUUGCCAUGGGAACCAUGUCCUGGCUGCCAUGAUGGGGUUCAUGGCCGUGAUGUUCCGACAGACAAACAUCGUGUGGAUCGUCUUCUGCGCAGGUGUCACAGCUGUCAACCUGGUGGAGAGGAAACACCAGCCCAAACAAGACCCAAAUGUUUUAGUCACGCUGUACAACAGCAUCAGGACAGUUCUACAGUACCUGGCCACCGUGUCACACUUUGCAAAGGUCAUUCUCGCACUGCUGCCUUAUGCCAUGCAGGUUGUCGUGUUUGGUGUGUUCGUGUAUGCAAAUGAAGGCAUUGUAGUCGGGGACCGAACCAGCCAUGAAGCCUGCCUGCACUUCCCACAGCUUUUCUACUUUUUCUCCUUUGCCUUUGUGUUCUCCUUCCCCCAUGUCUUAUCUCUGUCUCAGGUGUCCCAGUUCCUUAAGUAUGAUAAGAAGAAGAUGGCACUCCUUCUCUUCCUCCUUGUGUUGUCGUACGUGUUAGUGGACAGGUUCACGUACGUCCACCCAUACCUGUUAGCAGAUAACAGACACUACACCUUCUACGUGUGGCAGAGAGUUUUCCAGCGACACCCGCUGGUGAAGUAUGUAGUGCUGCCUGGGUACGUGUACUGUGGCUGGAGCAUGUUCCAUCAGCUGGGGAAGACCAGGUCCCCCCUCUGGCAGCUCGUCUUCUUCGUCUGCGUGCUGGUCGCCACAGUUCCCCAGAAGCUGCUGGAGUUUCGGUACUUCAUCGUGCCAUACCUGCUGUACCGGGUACAUGUACAGGUGACAUGUUACUACAGGCUGCUGGCAGAACUGAUCCUGUACACCACCAUCAAUGCUGUCACCAUCUACCUGUUUGUUGAGAAGCCAUUUCUCUGGCCAGACAGUUCUGAACAACAACAUUUCAUGUGGUAAUCACCAGAAAUGUUUAGAAUGCUAACCCUCAGAUUGUACCCACACAUUGGCACUGGUGCAGAUUGUAGCACCCCCAUCCCUCUCGGUUUUUAGGUAAUUUAGGACAGACAUCAGCACUUCUUGUAAUAAUGAUAAAGAUCAUGUAAUCUCAAAUGUACAGGAAAAGUAGCAAAGCACAAAUUCUUCUUACUACCCUCAUACUAUCAUAGAUUUUUUUUGAUUCAGAACUAUGCCUAAUCUGGCAGCUAUCAUGAAUUAUGUAUGCAAACGAAGGUUGAAAUAUCGACUGGUGUGAAAGAUUUGUAUGUUAUUAGGUUGUACUUCCCUGUUUGUUUCCCGUAAUUUGUGUGACCUUGAAGGUGCUAUCUGCCUCAAGACCGGUUUACUCCGAGGUCAAGGGUAGAAAUUCUGCAGUGAUGAUCAAGUUACAAGUCUUCUCAAGAUGAAGUUUUUAAAAUAUGUUGUCAACAAUGUUGCAUGAUGUCUUCCAAUUAUUUAUGAAAAAGAUUGUUAUAAUUAUGAAUUUCUACAACUUAAGAUAUAUAUUUAAGAUUAAAUUGAGAUUAUUGAAGCUUUUGUAUGCUAUAGAUGUUAGUAUUUAGUUGUAAUUCUCAGUGAAGUACUGAAGAUUAAGGGCUGAUCUUAGACUAAGUAAGAAUACCAAACUGACUUAACUAAAGGGAUUGGAGAUUUGUCGUGCCUCAACAGAUUUCAAGUGGUCAGUUUUGUAGCUAUAUCCAAAAUGUUCUCUGCGUUUUGCUGUUAGACUUGAGAAAACUGCUGUCGGUUUGUUGUUGCAGCUUGAAUGAUGAAUAAAAGAAGCCAUGCCUACUUUUCUGUCAUUUCAACCCUGAUACCUGAUAUAUGGAAGAAGAGAUACUAGUACAUGUAUCAAAAAGCAACCACAAGCAUCCCACGUGCAUGUAAUUCAAAGAUCCAUACAAUAUGAAUAAUGCAUGUAAGCAGCAAUACCCUGCUCAUGACAUGUAAUCCGUUUGUUGUAAUCCAGGAUAUGAACUGUUAUGCUGCAUCACAUUAGCCACUUCCCAUUUCUUGUUGUUCAUAGGAUAGGUAGAAGCUUAGUUUGGUCACAUCUUAUUUGAUUAUGAUACAUGUACCAUUCUCCUCCAUGUUGGUUCUCAACACGAAGCAGUCAUGACUCAGACCAGGCAGAAUAUUACAUA